AUGCGUGAGUCGCGUCGAUCGACUCCUACGUAUUUUUUCGUAUUUGGCCUAGUGACUUCAGCCAUGGAGGUGUCUCUUUCCGUUGAGGAAACGAACCAAUUACGGGCAAAGCUGGGUCUUCCACUGAUUUCUACUGUUGAUAAACCUUUGGCUGCUCAAAAAAAGGGGAAUAGCCCGGAUGAAACGAACAAACUAAGAUCACAGUUAGGACUUUCGUUGAUCACAUCAGAAAAAACAGAUAAUGACCCGGAGUACGAGAAUUAUAAAAAAGUGGAGGAUGCGCGCAUAAAGCAAGAACGAUUGGAUGAGCUGCAGCAGCGAAUAUCCAAAACGAAGAGCGAUCUGCAACGGCGAAAGCUGGAAUCAGGGGAAACCCUUUUAGCGAGAUUAGACAAGGAAGAGAUCAACGACGAUGAAUGGUUGGCUAAAUUGGGAACCCCACGGGAACGAAAUAUAACACGCAAGAGAAAGUCAACUAUCGAGGACGAUGAUCUACAGGGUGUAAAUGUUGCUCACAGCAAAGAAGAUUAUGCAGAGCUAUUGGGAGAAAGCCAAGAAGUCGUGUUCACGCUGAAAGACAAGAGCGUGUUCGACGAAGAAGAAGACGAACUUGAAAACCACGAGCUUGUUAAACGUAAACGAGUCAAAGAAGUUCUGGAGGGUCAGGUGAAAGAGAAAAAAACCGACGAUAAUAAUGGACAGGAUAAUGGAUUUAAAAUCGGGGAGAAAAUAAUUCCUAAGAAGCAAACAAAGAAGCUCGUUUUAUUGGACUUGGAUGAUGAUGAGCAGGAGUCUCAGCCAUCUGACUACAGUGCCCCAGUAAUCAAGAAGUUAAAAUGUGGGGUUAGAAACAAACGGCGUGAUAAAGAAGAGCUGAAGGAGGCUAAUUUUCAGCAAUUGAAGCUCAUUAAUGAGGAUUUGGAAAAAGAUGACGACAUUGAGUUGAACAGAUUUUUGUCUGCCUCAAGACGACGAAGACAGGAAUCACGCCCUAUAGCGAUUGAAGAAGAACGCCCGGAAAUUGGAGCAGUGGUGUUAGACGAAGACGCAGAUUUCUUGGAGAAGCUCAACGGUGACGACGCUGUUGAGGACACAGUAAUGGGACGUGACGCUGCUGACACGACGGAGUCCAAAGCUAGCCUCACUCAUGUUUCUGAAAAACUCGCUGUGCUUCAUGACGAAGUCGAUGCGAAUAUGGGAUUGUCCCGUACCCUUAAGCUUUUGAAAGACAGAUCAGAGCUCGCCCCAAAGUCAGAUGGGUCCAGAAUCAACUUGGUUUAUAGAGAUGACAAGGGCAAGGUUCUCAGUCAGAAGGAAGCCUAUAAGUAUCUGUCUCAUCGGUUCCAUGGACAUAAGAAAUAG